CGAUCUCGGCACUCGGCGGCAUCCGUCGUAGUGGGGAACGGCUAACCCACGAGGGGUUGCGGAGGGAACGAGCGUGGACGAGCGGUUAUUUCAAGCGACGGCUCUUCUGGCACUUCGCCCCGAGCUUUCCUCGUGCACAUCCUCCUCUCGGAGUUAGUAGCGCGUAUCGUCAGUGUCGCGACGUCGCAGCCUAGACGAGACUGAGAAAGAGAAAAAAAGCGAGAGAAGGGAAAACACCGUCGGAAGGCGAGCACAGUGUGUGUGUGUGUGUAUGUGUAUGUGUGUGUGAGGAAACCGCCGAUCGAUCGAUCGAUCGAUCGAUCAAUUUUACUGUAUUGACUAAUUAAUUUCGGGAGCGUUCGCGCAACUGGUGCCGACACCCUCGCAGUGAGUAAGAGACCUUCCGAAGUCUUCCGGGUGAUAGGAUAGUCGCGCUGCCAGUGAAUGGAUAGACCCUUUUGUGCUUCGGUGACGGGAUUACGAGGAUAAGGCGAGGAUUCUCGGCGAAGGAUGGAACGCGCGUGGAAAGGAGGAGCGAAGGAGAAUCUGUAACGACGCGACGCGCUGCCGUCGGACGCGUCGGCCUGAAAUAACAGCGGGCACAACAUGCGCGCACAGUGAAUCAGCUCUCGUACACGUCUCGCAGCGGACGCGAAUCUCCUCUCGGCAGUGACUUCUCCAGCGCACGCACUUCUUCCCGCCUCCCUCGCUCUAUCUCUAUCUCUCUAUCUCUCUCUGUCUUUCUUUCUCUUUCACCGGUCCUCUUGACACCUCCCUUGCUCGGUCGACACGCGCGGUGCAUCGUCGGUGCGUCGUUGCCCCGCGAUCGGCGCCAGUGCUCAAGGGGUGCACGAGGGUGAGAAAAGGAGAGAACCGGAGUUCCCGAGAGCGGAUUGAGAAAAGCCAGAAGCGCCAGCCCGCCAGGCAUCGCCGUCGCGGAGGCAGGAGCCGGAGAACGCGAAGGGGCCGAGGGGAAAGUUUUUCGAGACGCUGUCGAAGGAGUUUUCUCGGAAAGGAGAUCACGAGAGUCGCAAUACGGAAGUCACCCAUGCCACGAUUACAUUAACUGCGUACGCCCGGUGUCGAGCCCGAGUCGAAAUGGCGACGAGGAUAUGCGUAAUCUUCGGGAUCCUCGCUAUCCUGGACGUCGGACUUGCGCAAGGACGUAAGGACGCGAGACUAAUUCGGCUGGAUGCAAUUAAUCCCGACAUUGUGGCGUCCGUGGGCGAGAGGCUCAAUCUGCGUUGCCAGCAAAAUGCGAGCUUCGAGACAACGUGGUAUAAGGACAAUGAGGCGUUGCAUAAGCCGCCCAGAAUACGCGCGAACAAGCAGUUUCUGAAGUUCAGAUAUAUCGAGACGGAGGAUACGGGUGACUACGGAUGCAGAUUGGAGUCGAACGAUACAGUCGAAUGGAGGAACGUGACCGUGCGCGUCGAAAAUCUGCAGAACGACGGCUUCCAGAACGAAGACGAGGACAAGAGCGCCACGGUGAAACCGAUAUUUUACAGCAACAUUCUCGAAAUCGAACCUAAAAACUUGCCCGAGCCGCGAUCGUUGCACCUGGACAGCGAAAAAUUGGAUGCGGACUUGGACGAGAAGGUCGACGUCAAUGUCAUGGAUGACGAGCAUAAUCACAAGGUACCGGAAAGCCCGCCUUCUUUCAACAAUGGCACCGAUUUGACCAAUUUGGUGGUGAGGCCCGCCGGCAGCAUGAUACGAUUGAGAUGCCCGAGCGUGGGCAAUCCCAAGCCGAACAUCACGUGGCUGAAGAACAACGAGGAGCCAAAACGAGAUCUGGGUGUCGCGGUCCGGGCCAAGUGGUCUCUGAGAUUGGAGGAUGUCGUUACCAAGGACAGCGGCAAUUAUACAUGCAUCGUGUGCAAUUACCUCGGAUGCAUUAAUCAUACCUUCAAAGUGGACAUUAUCGAGUCAUUACCGCAUCGACCGAUCCUGACAGUGGCGCCAAAAAACACCACGGAGCUUAUUGGAAACAACGCUACUUUUAUCUGCAAGGUGUUAUCCGAUGCACAUCGUCACCUCGAAUGGUAUCACGGUUCCCAUACUUCUUUCGACACCGUCAACAAGACCAGUGAAAGCUUAAGGGUGGAGGCUGGAAUGGAUUCAGAAAAUCCGGAGGAACUAACGCUAUAUAACGUUACUGAAAAGGAUGAGGGAUGGUACACGUGUAUCGCUCAGAAUACUUUAGGGGAAACGUUCGCCAGCGCUUAUUUACGUGUAGUCGAAACGUUGGACGAGCCGAAAGUACUGCUAACCGCGAGGCCGCACAUUUUGGUAAAUGUUCUCGCGGCCAUUCUGUGUUUAUUCUUUGCCGUGGGGGUCGUCGUGGUGAUAUACAUCUUCCACCGACUGAAACGAGAGAAGAUGAAAAAGCUGUUAGCGAUAGAAACGGCGCGAGCGGCGGUCGUGACGCAAUGGACAAAGAAGGUGAUCGUGGAGAAGCAGAAAUUAGUGAACGCGCAGAACGCGCUCGAGGAAGAGCUACUGAUGCCGGUAGUGAAGAUUGAGAAACAAAAAUCCACCGUUAUCGCCAAGGAUAAUAUCAACGACAGCGUGUCCGAGUAUGAGAUACCGCUGGAUAGCACUUGGGAAUUUCCGAGGGAAUAUCUCACGCUUGGGAAUACUUUGGGCGAAGGAGCUUUCGGCAAGGUCGUCAGAGCAGAGACGAAUAUCAAUAAACCUGCGACACCUAGCGUGGUCGCGGUAAAAAUGUUGAAAGAGGGUCAUACGGAUUCCGAGAUGACGGAUCUGGUUAGGGAGAUGGAGAUGAUGAAGGUGAUUGGCAAACACGUGAACAUCAUCAAUCUGCUAGGUGCAUGCACUCAGAAUGGUCCUCUGUACGUCAUAGUAGAGUUCGCUCCUCACGGCAAUCUACGCGACUUCCUCCGAAAUCACAGACACUCUUCAGGGUAUGAACCAACUGUGGAACAGGUGAAGGAACGAAAGAUUCUUACGCAAAAGGAUUUGGUCUCGUUUGCGUAUCAAGUGGCGCGUGGGAUGGAAUAUCUAGCUAGUAGGAGAUGUAUACACAGAGACCUAGCGGCUAGGAACGUCCUCGUCAGUGAUGAAUAUGUACUGAAAAUCGCUGAUUUCGGCCUCGCCAGAGACAUUCAUUGCAACGAUUACUACAGGAAGAAAACGGACGGACGGUUACCAGUGAAAUGGAUGGCUCCGGAAGCCUUGUUCCACCGUAUUAACACCACUCAAUCCGACGUAUGGUCGUACGGAAUCCUGUUGUGGGAGAUCAUGACACUAGGCGGCACGCCUUACCCGUCCGUGCCGUCGGUUGAGAAAUUAUUUGAGCUACUUAGAUCGGGCUUUCGAAUGGAAAAGCCACCCUACUGCUCGAUCGAAAUAUACAUGCUCAUGAGAGAAUGUUGGGGAUAUCUGCCGAACGAGAGGCCAACAUUCGUUGAACUGGUUGAGGAUCUCGACAGAAUAUUAACGAUAACAGCGAACGAGGAAUAUCUGGAUCUCGGCCUGCCCCAGUUGGACACGCCUCCGUCCAGCCAAGAAUCCAGCGAGACGGAAGAGGAAGGUGAAGAGAAAUUUCCAUGUCUGCUGUGAGUUGUGUGCUCGCGAGGAAUGUCACUUAAAUUUCGCAUAGACGAGGUAUACUCAAGAUAACUCCAGCCGACUUGUACAAACGUAAUAAACUAUCGGUGAGAACGAGUGGAGUGCGUACGAUAGGAAAUAUAGAAACGAGGAGUCUGAGCGUGAGAGAUGACACGCGGAGGAUAACUGACUGACAAACAAACGAACACGCCAAAUAAAUAAAUAAAUAAAUAAAUAAAUAAAUCAGUAUUGACCUGUGUAGCGCGUAGAAUUAAGGAGAGUGCGUAAAUCGUGAUGCGUUAGCGUAUGUCAGUAACGCAAGUAUUAGCGUAUUGCGGCAAAACUGAAUCAUCCUAUGCCCUAUUGUUUUUUAUGAAUUGACGUACGCUAGGUUUAGGAUCGAAAUGAAGAAGGGACCGAUGAGCAGAAACUCAGAUCGAAUAGGACACUAUCUUCUCCUGCGCCUUCAAACACGAAAAGCGAAUUUGUAUAUUACUUAUACAGAUCUUAUAGGUAAUCAUAGAUAUAAUAAUUGUGCCAUGAAUCAGUGCCUUACAAAGGUAUCGGACAAUAAAUAAAGCGAUAAGCCUAUCAUGGUAAGGAUAUUCGUCCAUAUGUUGGAUCGCGUAUCAAUCGAGAAUAUACUAUUGUGUUUUGUAACUAGUCAAUUGUGAAAAUUGUAUGUUUUCCUGUAUUAUAGUAGUUUGUAGAGUUUUAGCGUUUUUACACGGCUAUCACGAUUGCAAACUUUGUAUGGCAAGCGACAAGUUCUGUAGUUGUGUUUUGUAAAAAGAGAAGAAAAAAAAAGGAAUUUCAGAUCGAACGCGAGAAAAAAUGAGCGAAAAGAAAAUCCAAAGUAUCAUUGUAAGUUUUGUAAUUUCAGCAGUAUCGAUCGCGAUAGAUGUAUAAAUGGGAGAAUAGGCGCUUAGAGGUAGAUAAUUUAUUUCUUGUAUAUCAGUGUCCCUCAAGUAUACCCAGUGAGCAAAUUGUCCGCGAUAUGAUAGCAAAUUGAUAGCAAAACGGCAUUACCUGCAUCUUAAGCUCGUAUUUCGCCAACUAAGUUUACUGGCAUAACUUGACAACAGACUAGUGACAGAAGCCAAACACAAUCUGUCGAAGAUUCUGCUCUAGUUGUGGCAAUCUGUAUUAAAUUAUGCAGUAAAUUAUACCAAUCUGCUUCAUUUCAACCAUCAAUUAUAUUUUACUGAAGAAUAUUACUAUAGUUCUGCCAAUAUUAUAUUAUAACAGCACUGUACAUACCAGAUUUUUCUCGUAAAAAUUUAAUACCGGCAGUAUUAAGUUGACCAGUGAUUACUUAUUUUGAGUAUUUAACAAUAGUGCUUUUAAUACUAAAAUAAGUAAUUGAUCAAUUACUGGUCGCAAUUUAAUACUGUCAAUAUUAAAUUGAAGGAUUGUAGGUCUUUCUCUGUCUAUUGACAGAUUAGGUUGUCUGGGUAUACGUAUGUCUUCAGGAUCUUUCUAUUAUGUAAUCUUAAGGUACAUCGCUCGAGCGGCUCUCUUGUAAAAAGUGACAAUAACAGAUUUACACAUUAGAAGGUAGUUUUUUAAUUCAUGAUUUGUACAUAUGGACGUUUAUUUAAUAAAGAGUAUUUGUUAUGAAGUAGAAUAAAACCGGAUAAAUUAGCGUUGACCUGAGGUACAUAGAUUUUAUGUAUAAACCGUAUAAAGGAAUUGUCAUCGCAAUGUGACUGUUAUCUCAAAUAAAUUGGUCAAUUUGUAUCAAAAUAAA